GGCGACGAGCGGAGGGAGCCGGGGAAUGUCUCCCGCCCGCGGCCCCGCCGAACGGGGCUGCCGCUGAGCGCCGCCGCCCGCCCGCCAUGCAGCCCCUCGGCGCUCCCCUCGCCCUGCUCUGCCAGCUGCUGGGCGCCUGGGCCGCCUGCGCCCCGGCCCCCGCCGCGCCCGCCGGGCUGACGGCGCCCUCCUCGGCGCCCCCGGCGCGGGCGGCCGCGGGUCCCUCCGCAGCGCCGGGGCCGGGCGGCAGCUGCGGGGCGGCGGGCAGCGGGCGGCGGCGGGCGCGGAGCGGGGACGGCGCGGGGGGCGCGCCCCGAUGGCUGCCCCUGAACGGCUCGGCCGGCCGCAACGGCACGGGGCGCCGCGCCCGCCUCCGAAACCCCUUCUACCCGCUGACCGAGGAGUCGUACGGCGCCUACGCCGUGAUGUGCCUCUCCGUGGUGAUCUUCGGCAUCGGCAUCAUGGGCAACAUGGCAGUGAUGUGCAUCGUCUGCCACAACUACUACAUGCGGAGCAUCUCCAACUCCCUGCUGGCCAACCUGGCCUUCUGGGACUUCCUCAUCGUCUUCUUCUGCCUGCCGCUGGUCAUCUUCCAGGAGCUCACCAAGAAGUGGCUCCUAGAAGACUUCUCCUGCAAGAUCGUCCCGUACAUCGAGGUAGCUUCUCUCGGAGUCACCACAUUCACACUGUGUGCCCUCUGCAUCGACCGAUUUCGUGCCGCCACCAAUGUGCAGAUGUAUUACGAGAUGAUCGAAAACUGCACCUCGACAACUGCCAAGCUGGCUGUCAUCUGGGUGGGCGCACUGCUGCUGGCCCUGCCAGAGGUUGUGCUGCGCCAGCUCACAAGGGAGGACCCUGAAUACAGCGGCAGCCCGCCCGGGGAGCGCUGUGUGGUGAAGAUAUCCACCACCCUACCUGACACCAUCUACGUAUUAGCUCUCACCUAUGACGGGGCAAGACUCUGGUGGUACUUUGGCUGCUAUUUUUGUUUGCCUACACUUUUCACGAUUACCUGCUCGCUGGUAACUGCAAGGAAGAUCAGGAGAGCGGAAAAGGCUUGCACAAGGGGGAACAAGCGACAGAUUCAGCUGGAAAGUCAAAUGAACUGCACAGUGGUGGCCUUGACCAUUUUAUAUGGGUUUUGCAUCAUUCCUGAAAACAUUUGCAACAUUGUGACUGCCUACAUGUCCACAGGAGUCUCUCGGCAGACUAUGGAUCUCCUCCAUCUCAUUAGUCAGUUCCUUUUGUUCUUUAAGUCCUGUGUUACCCCAGUUCUCCUUUUCUGUCUCUGUAAACCUUUCAGCCGGGCCUUUAUGGAGUGUUGCUGUUGCUGCUGUGAUGAAUGCAUCCAAAAGUCUUCAACAGUGACGAGUGAUGACAAUGACAAUGAAUACACCACAGAACUGGAGCUCUCCCCUUUCAGCACCAUCCGUCGUGAAAUGUCCACUUUUGCCUCUGUGGGGACUCACUGUUAAUCUGCCUUAGAACUUUAUUUCCUGUAUCAUUUUCUUCUUUCUCUUUUUUUUCUUAUUUUUCUUUUUUUCUUUUCCCUUUUCAUAUUUUUCUUCUUGAAGCAAAAUGCAAGAAAAAAAAAAAGAUUAUUGAAGACGACUCUGGAAACCAAUCUGCAUUUUAAAAGCUGUAUUUUGGAAAAUAAUUUGUUUGGGUGUUAAAAUGAAAGAGAAAGAAGGAGAGCCAGCACUCACUUUUAAAUCAUGAUAUUUUGUAUGGUGCUAGGAUUUUCUUGUUUGAGGAGGAGAAUCCGUAUCAACCCACUUUUAUUUAAUUCCUUAGUAUUUUUUUGAUAAUCACAGUAAAAAGAUUAUGUAGAGAUUGUGGUUUUUGCAAGAUGUUUCAUGUAAAAGAUGUUGUGGAAAGUAUUUGAAGGUAGUUUUAAUCUGAUUACUGUACAUUAUUAUGAGAGGACUUGGACUUAAGAAAAUUUAUAAGCUAGCAUAAAAAUAAAUGAGGUUUUAUUCUUUAACUUCAUUGGCAAUCUGCAUUUAACAAGGACACCUAUAAGUAGUAUUAAGUUCCUUUAGUAAGUAAAAAGAAAUCUUUGCUUUGCUUAAAGUAAUUUAAAUGGCUGUAUUUAAUUUAUCAUUCGGUACUUACCUUUGGAGGCUAUAAUGACAGUGUUUAAGGAAGAUGGUUAUAAUGGUAUUAGAUUUACGUAUGUGGGGGUUUUUAACUUAUAUUACAAACAUUCAAUGUGCCUCAUUCAAAAUUUCUUCCUUAACCAGCAGGUAUAAAAAAACAGAGUUAUUUUGUACUUCUGAUGAAGAAAGGUUUGCUUUCUCACUAAAUUUUGUCUUGUGUGGUUUCAAAAUCAAGGCUUUUUUCCAAUUUGUUACUGGUUUUACAUUGAGAUUAUGUUCUCAGUCUCUGUAUGUGCAGCUCCUACUGGCUUCAGUAAGAGUCCUAUUCUUUUCCUAGAGGUUUGCUGACAAUAAAUGUGAGGGACUGAAACGUGGAGAGUGAAUUCCUUCUUUUUUAAAAGAUAUAAACACAUUUGGACUCUUGGGGCUUGACCCAGGGCCCGUUGCAGUCAAUGGAAAGGUUUCCAUCAAUUUCAGAGGGCUUUGGAUCAGACUGGCAUCUCCUAUUUAUUCUGGGAUAUGUAGUAUGAAUAUUAAUCACGGGGGCUCUGUAUACGGAUUAUAAAUCACGCUGCUCUCACAGAGACUGCUAUUCACUAGCAGCUCACAGCUCUGAAGCUGUUUUUGAAAACCACAGUGUGUUUUGCUGAUGGCUUCUUGCUGUCUGCAGUUGUUAAAAUGAGGGUAUGUCAACACUACCAACAACAGUGCAAUAUAGUAAAAUCUAAAGUUCUUAUAAGCAAGCCAGGUGGGAGACUGGAAAGUUCCUAUCUGUACCAGCAGAGCUUAUUUGCCCCACUUCUUGGCUGAAAUAAGCAGGCUGUUCUUGGCAGGCAAGCUGGCUCAUAUUUACUUUGGGCAGCAGGCUAAAGUGUAGACACAUUAAAGAACUGAAUUCGUUAAAAGUUUCUUACAUUUUACUACUAAUUAAAUAAAUAAUACAAUUGUGAGAGUAAUUGCAGAAGUAAAAUUACAUGGAUUUGUCUUUUGAAAUUGAUUGUAACUAAUGUAGUCUUACUUCCCAAUGUCUGCCUUUAAAUAUGUUAAAAAUGUGCUGUAACUUCUGGAUCGGAGUCUAUUUAUCAUUUGUAGAUUCUUGAAUUAAUAUGUUUAAUCUUUGUACCUGCUUGGGCAAGUACUAUUUCUUCUUUUUCUUGACCAUUUUAACCCAUAACAAUUUCAAUUAAAAAGCACUUGAAAUCAACUAAUCUGAAUAUGAAUCCGAAUAUAUGUACACUUGAGUUCUUUUUGUAACAUUUGAAUCAGACAUUGGGCCCUGCUUUAAGCACUGGCCUAAAUUUAAAUAUUUGUUUCUGUUCGGGACUUGCUAAAGUUUUAAAAACCUUUUGUAACAUGGUUAGUCACUUCUGAAGAGAGGGGAGCUGCCCCUUCUUUAUAAACCCUUCAUUGAAUUCACAUUACUUGAUUAUAUUCAAUAAACUAUGAAAGGGAUUAAAAAGGUGAAAACAAGAUUCCUCAAUGUGGUGCCUGUAUUUCCUCAAAGACAUAUUCCCAUCUCUGCGUUUUGAUUUGUACUAUUCUUUUUUUAGGUGCCAGAGUUUAUAAGAAUGAGAAUAAAACUUCUCUUUCUGUUUGUUGCUGAAUUGUUUCUCUCAGCAGCCUGUUCAGUCACAGCAUGAACAGCAGCUCAAGGACCCAAGAAAAGAUCAGUAGAAUAGGAGGAGCACUUUUUUUUUUUUAAAAAAAAAAAAGGAGAUAGAGGAAAUACUUAGGAAUAUUAAAUGAUCACAUUUUGCUAAUUUAAGUGCGUUGUCUUAGAUGAUAAGUCCUUCCAGCCUUCCAAUCUGCAGUGGAUAGUAUACUCUCUGCUAAGGACUGCUGCUUGCUCGCAGGUCAAAUGCUCUGUAUCCCAGAGCGCUGCAGUUUGCUUCUCCAUUGAAACAUUUCCACACUAUGUGUAUAGCAAUCGUACUGGGGCGGAGGGAGGAGGGAAAGAAUCAGCAAAAAUGAGAUUUAGCAAAUCAUCAGAGAAAGCUGAAUUUGCAGAUCAAUAAUGCUGUGUUUGGAAAUUCAUCCCCCUAUUUGUGUGAUGGAGCAUUCUCCAGCCUUGUAUUCACUGGCACUUCUUUGUACCCAGAGUGCCCUUGCCUUUUCUGCUGCUGACAGUUUUUCACAGCUAUUUCUCCCCCUCAGACCUCCAUGGUAAUUGGACUUGGAGACACCCUUUUACUCUAAUUUGUUUUCUUAAUUGGUUAAACUAAUUCCACAUUAGCACAUUUGCAUUGUCACAGCCAUUCUGACACAGAGGUGGUCUCUCUAAUGUAUGUAAAUGUCAUGAUAAAUGAUUCUUUUUCUGAAAGGUGGGGUCCUGGGUUCCUUUUCUUCCUACUUUUGGGACUGUUGCUCUGAACGCUUGUCAUUUUCCCGGUGUUUACUUUUCUUACUUUCUUUAAUGUUCUUAGAAGCAAUUUCUGCCUGUUUCAAAUCCAGGUCUAUAAGAUGUUUGUCUGUUAACAGGACGUCAUUUAAUGGACUGAUGAAUGAAGAUUCGGAAAUGUUUAUGGCAAGGAUUUAAUUCUUUUACAUAAAAUAGAGAAACAUGCAGCCCAUGGUGAUCAACAUAAAAGAAGAGUGAUGGAGUGGAAAAUCAGAUUGUGAAUCAGGAAACCCUUAUGCCUCUCAGUUUUGUAAACCAUUAAUGUGUUAACACUUAUUGUCCCAGCCCUGGUCCCAUUAAGAAAUUAAAACCCAUAAAACUGUAGUGUGAGUUCCAGUAUCUCCAGUGAAAUCAUGUUUUAUGACUUGUAUAAAAAAUAUGAUCUUUGUGUAAGCCAAAGUACAAAUCGUAAAUGACUGAAAAUUAUUAUUCGGUUAGAAGAAAUCUCUUAUUUUAUCCCUUCCAAGAUAAAUUCCUACAUCCAACCUAAAAGAAGGCCUGUCCUUAAAUGACUUUGGUGACUUGUUCAGCUCCUGGUCUGUCAUUGAGACCCAAAAGUAAGCUCCCACAGCUGCUGCUCCAGCAGCUCUGGGAGUGGACCUAAAGACAAUGUAGAGGUUUCCAAGCAUGUUGUCCUGCAUUUCUUCAUAAGCAAUUGUGUCAUGUUAGGCUUCAUGGUGAGACUGUUAUGUUGUGCUUAUGGCACUCAGAGCAAACUAAAUCUGUGAAGUGUGAGUUGCUAUUGAAACUCUGAGAAGCACCUCCAAAUACGUUAAGCAAUAAGAGUAUUAAAAAUCUCUCCUAGGAUCAUUGUCUUAGGCACAGUACAAAUAUAUGCAACUUGCCCUGUGGGCACCUGACUGCUGUUGAUGUUCUCAGAUACAUCGCUGAAUUGCUUCUGGGCUUUUUUUUGCCAGGUGUCAUUAACAAAACUCCCAAAAGAAGUGAAACUUCUAUGUCUUAACUUCUUAAGUCUCCAUCCUGAGAAUAUCCUUCUUUCGUGGACUGCAAAGUUAAUAAGUGACAAGUAAGGUCCAUUUUCCUAAUAGAAUUGAGAAAUGUGGUUAGGAGGAGUUAUACCUGAUAUUUUCUGUGAUAAUGCGUCCUUUUCUUUUAUUUCCUUUUCAUCUUUCCAACCUUUCUUUUUCCCUG